AAUACAUUAGAUCUUUCUUAUAUUGCAGUAGUACCUACUGCUACGAAUUUGGCCCAGUUAUACGGCUUCAUUCCUGAAUUGGAGAAUUCCAUCAACGAGCUCAGAACGGAGCAGAAAGAGUUGUUGAUGCAAGAAUGUGAAUUGCUUAAGAAAAUUGAUGAAAUCUAUGAAUGUGAAAAUUUGAAGCGUCACGGAUAUCAACUUCAUGCUGUAGCAAUUCAUCAGGGCCAUGCAAAUGCUGGACAUUAUUGGGCGUAUGUAAGAAAGGGAAUUGAUGAUGAUCAUUGGGAAAAGUUCAAUGACCAAAGAGUGGAAAAUGCAGCUUGGAGCGAUAUCGAAGCGGAGGCGGUAGGCGGAACUCGAACAACAUCUGCUUACUUCCUUCUUUAUGUUAGCUCUGCCGCCGAACCGUGGCUAUUUGCUGAUGACUGCACAGCUUCCACCUUUUUGACCGACGAUGUUCGUCAGCUAGUAUUUGCGGAGAACGAGGAACUUGAAAAUAGGAUUGAACACUAUCGUUGCACUCAAAAUGAAGAUGAACGAGGAAACGCCGAUGUAUACGAAGUGCCAUGUGAAGAUCGUGGUAGCGGGUUCUCGCCAGCUCCGCCUCCCAUUAGCGACAAUGAAAUGCUGAGUGCGACACCAACGGAGACUGCAUUAUCUGACCCUGAGAAUCUAGCUGUAGCGCUGAAGAUGUAUUGUGAACCGUGGAUUGAUGAGUCGACGUUUGAAAUGGAAAGGCGGAAGCUCUUUGCGAUUACGGAGUUCAAUAAGUCGAUUUAUCCACCUAGCGUAACACCAGAAACUGUACUCGAAACCCAGUCAAAGCUGCUCUAUAACAACGUUUUGAAACCCAUGUUCAUUGCAUGCGUUCGAAAAACGGAGGCGGCUGGAUUGGAAGUAAAACCAACUGAGAUAUAUAAUAAGGUCAUCAGCAACUUCUACAACGAGGCUGACAGUGUGCAAUGUAGCCUACAGAGUCGUCCUCUUCGUAGCCUGUUAGAAUUUUGCUAUACGAUGGGUUAUCGAUACCCUGCCAAAACAAUGCGGUUUGCCCUUGUUCGAGCGUUUACCCAUUCGGAGUCUGAGUAA